AUGUUCCCCAAAUGGGCCCUCUACUUCGCCGCCUACGCCCUCUACAACGCCUACCUGCACCCGCUGCGCGCCUACCCCGGCCCCAAACUCCUCGCCGCAUGCGCCCUCCCGCGCAUCCUCAACCGCCUCAAAGGCACCGACUUCGCCUACGUGCACUCGCUGCACGAGCGCUACGGCGACGUCGUCCGCGUCGGGCCCAACGAGCUGAGCUUCAUCAGCAGCAAGGCGUGGAAAGACAUCUACGGACACGCCACCCCCGGCAGCCCCGUCCUCGUAAAAGACCCCAACGCAUACGGCAAGCCGCCCGCCUACCGCGCCGGCCUCUUCAGCGCCCCCGACGCCUCCCACGCGCACCAACGGCGCGUCUUCGCGCCCGCCUUUUCCGAGCGCGCCCUCGUGCAGCAGACCCCCCUCCUGCAAGCUUACGCCGCCCAGCUCAUCCAAAUCCUCACCUCUUCCUCUUUUCCCUCCAACACCCCCGUCAACCUCAUCCAAGCCUACAACCAUGCCACCUUCGACAUCAUGGCAGACCUGGCCUUCAGCGCGCGCCUGGACCUCCUCCGCGGCGACCCCGCCCACCGCCCCUGGGUCGCCGGCAUCUUCGACGCCCUCAAGCUCGGCGGCAUCGUCAGCACCCUGCGCUUCUACUUCCCGGGGCUGGUCGCACUCCUCAAGCUGCUGCUGUCGCGCCGCAUGAAGCAGCGGCGCGCUGACCAUGACCGCUUCGCUGCUGAGCUUGUGGAUCGGAGGCUGUGCCGCGGCGAAGGCGGCGAAGGUGGAGAAGGCAGAGAAGGCAGAGAAGGCGGAGAGGCGAGGGGUAAGCGCCGCGACAUCUGGAGCCUAGCGAUCGCGAGCAGCAGCGACGGCAGCGCGAUGAAUCUGGAGCAGAUGCACGCGAACGCCGCGACGUUCAUGAUCGCAGGCACAGAGACGACGGCGACGCUGCUGGCAGGCGUGACGUUUUUCCUUUUGGGGCACGGGAGCGCCAUGGCGCGGCUGGUCCAGGAAGUGCGGGGCGCGUUUGCGGCCACGGACGAGAUGUCGCUGCAGCGGCUGGCGCAGCUUAGAUAUCUCAAUGCGUGUCUGGAGGAGGCGCUGCGCUUGUAUCCGCCUGUGCCGCAGGGCAUGCCGCGCCGCACGCCGAGCGCGGGCUGCGUUGUUGCGGGCGAGAGCGUCCCCGGCGAUGUCACCAUUUUCCUCACGCACUGGGCGGCGUACCGCUCCGCGCGCAACUUCGCGCUGCCCAACGACUUCAUUCCCGAGCGCUGGUUGACGGGCCCCGACGCGGACGCGCGCUUCGCCCACGACGACAAGAGCGUGCUGCAGCCGUUCUCGGUCGGGCCGCGGAACUGCUUGGGCAAGAGCCUCGCGUACCACGAGAUGCGGCUGCUGUUGGCGAACAUGGUCUGGAGCUUCGAUAUCGAGCUGUGCGAGGAAAGCCGCAACUGGGCGCACCAGAAACAGUGGUUCUUGUGGGAGAAGCCGGCGCUGAUGGUCAGGCUGAGGCCUGUCGUGAGGACGUAG